GGAAAAUUCGAAGAUACGCAUUGUUCUUUCAUUUUUUAUUGUUCGAUGGUGUUUAUUGAUGUGAUCUUGAGUACUUAGUCUUCAAUGGUUUGUGUUUGUGUAGACUUGAAUGCAGGGUGGAUACCAAAAAUUUCAUGGGCUUCUUGCGCGGUCCCGCGUUCGUUUCGCGCCAGACCCGUAUCGUGUACUUGGUGUAUCGCGAGGAGUGGGCGCAGAAGAACUGAAAAAGAGGUAUCUUGAGGCGGCCAAGAAGUAUCACCCUGACCGCAACAAGAACGACCCAAACGCCGUGAAGCAAUUCAAGGAGAUCCAGGAAGCGUACGAAGCCAUUCGUGACGGACGGGCCGGGGAUUCCUACUCGUCAAGUCCCGGAGGGCCGCACCGUCCAGGCGAGGGCGACUGGCGACAGCAAUAUGGUGGUGGCGGGGGGCCCGACUGGCGGCAGCAGUAUGGUUAUGGUGGUGGCGGUGCCGACUGGCGAGCGCGCAUAGCAGCAGAGCAAAAGCGAAGGAUGGACGAGGAGAUAUGGCGGCGGCAGAUGGCGGCCCGCGGGCCGUUUUCACAGAGGUAUUUUUACGGUCGGGACGGCCCUCAGGGAACUCAAGGCAGCAGUGGCGGAGCAAGUGGAAGCAGCGGUGGUUUCUACAACGCAGGAGCGAACCAAAACGAGGUUCCUGCGGACCCUCGCACGGUGGACCGCAUGUUCCUACUAUGGCCAGCCGCCUUCAUCGUGCUCCUCCUCCUUCGCGGACCUCCCGGUCCCCGCAUUUACAUCGAUGAGCUUGGGCGUGCCGUGAGCUUCGACGGGUACGGCAAUCCAAAAUACCAUCCAGAACUGGACGUGACACUUCCGCCUGGCACGACACUGCAAAAGCAGUAUAUCGACGUUAACGAGCUGCCAUCACGAGAGUUUCGAUGGCGGGCCUUUAAUACAUCGCGGUACAGUGAGCAAUACUUCGUGCCGGAGAAUCGGCCAGGUAUUCACCGCCGCCAGGAAUCAACAGGCAAAGAACGAAAGAAGUCGAGAUCAAGUGCACCGCAUGAGACGAGUGGCGAGAUAGAUGUGAAAAUAGAUGAGCAAAAGUCAAAAAGUGUGUCCUCAAGCAUACCAAAAACCGAGCACAAUCUUAGCCCUGAGAAUAGAAGAUCUCAAACGGGUCUGUACGACGGGGAGCACCCGAACAACAUUGCUCCCGUUGAAGAUUCCAGUUCAACAACCCCGCAAGUAAAUGGGGCUAUUGAGUGAUAGGAGCACGGGAAUCUCGUGCAGGGUGAAAGCAGCGAGCC